AUGGAGCAUUUUAUGGAACAAGCCCUGGAACAGGCACGCAAAGCGGAACAUCUGAAGGAAGUCCCGGUGGGGUGUGUUUUUGUCUAUCGUGGUGAAAUAAUCGCCAACGGGUGCAAUCUGGUGAAUGAAACGAAAAAUGCAACACGCCAUGUGGAAUUUAUCUGCAUCGAUCAAGUGCUGGAAUACUGCAAGACUAAUGGCUUGAAGCAUGCCGACGUAUUCCGAGAAGUGACCGUAGUGGUGACGGUUGAACCGUGUAUAAUGUGUGCAGCGGCACUGAUCGAGUUGAAUGUACAUGAAGUGAUCUACGGAUGCAAGAACGAUCGCUUCGGAGGCUGCACCGUGCUGAAUGUUCCGGGGUUGCUCAAGACUAACAUUCCCAUACGUGGUGGAGUCAGAGCAGAUGAAGCAAUGGAACUGCUUAAGGAGUUCUACAAAGGAGAAAAUCCUUCAGCACCCGUUCCUAAGGUAAAAUCAAAGAACUAAGUUAGCAUUUGUUUUAUUUUUAUAUAUUUUUCAACAAAAAAUAAUUAUUGGAGUUUGUCUUGAUCCGAAUAACACCUAUACCUACUAUACUUUUUUCGUAUUGUAGUUUUGCCUUCAUAGUACAUUAGUACACUACAUAGUACGUUAAGAAUCAAUUCAAAAACCAGGAGACCCAUAGUUUAGUAACCAAUAGACUAACCCUUAAAUGUGCAAUGUUGUUUUAAAACAACAAACCAAAAAUAAGUUAAAUGUUAAUGAUUUUAAUGGCUGUUUUCGUUAAAAAUAUUUUCGACGAUUUGUAAAAAAAAUCGCCUUACGCCUUUAAGGGCUAAGUUCGAUUGUUUGUGUAAUUGUACAUUAAUUUAUUAUCAAAAUUAUAGCAUAUGUAAAUAUAAAUUCAAUCAAUUAACAAGAUGAACCAAUGUUCCUUAUAAUACAGAGAUAUACGCAAGCGCAAGGUAAUACC